AUUCACGUCGCGUAUUCGGCUCAGCUAACUGUACGACUAAUAAUAUUCUCGGAUUUUAGCGCGCCUUUGCAUACGACUUCCAGAAUUUCAUAUUUGGCUAUAGCAUAUUCGGAACGAAAAGCCACAGAGGAGUGCCUGCAAAGCUCUGGAGCUCGCCAACUUUGCCGAACUAAGUAGCUGGCAAUUAACAGUCGCCAAACAGUGGCUGCCAAACCCCCGUCAGCAUGUCGCAACAGUGGCUCCCAAACUGUGCCAGGCACCUAGCUUACCUGGCGGGGAUCUUGCUGAUUGCCGCUCACCUGGCGCACGCCUCCAGCCAGAUCGAUGUGGAUGCAGAUCUCAAGCACACGCUGGGCCGUUGCCAAAAGGCAGACGAGGAUUUCAACGAGUGCAUGCGGCAGGUGUUCAACGAUCUGAGGGCCUACUUCACCACAGGUGUGCCCGACUACAACAUCAAGCCCUUUGACCCGCACCACUGUACCUACGUCGAGCUGCGGCGAGGUGACUCCCAUGGCCUGGGCAGCUUUCGGCUCAUCUUGCGCAAUGUCUCCGAGUUCGGGUGGGCGCGAUCCGAGGUGACCAAGUUCCAUGCCGAUCCCGAGGACAGGCGCAUCGUGUACGCCCAGUAUUUCCCGGAGAAAAGCCUGGAGGGCGAGUACGAGUUCGCCGCCAAGAUGCUGGGCACGGAUAUGAGCCGAAAAGGCCAUUGGAACCUCACCCUCUACGACUACAGUCAAACCACCAGCGUGCGACGCAUCGGGGACCCGGGCUCGCUCAUCAAGGUCCACGUCGAGGUGGAUCGCAUCGGCGGCAUGGAGCUGCACAUCGAGAAUCUGCUGCAGGGACAGCCACUGAACCAACUGGCCGAUGGCGUCAUCAACAGCAUGUGGCAGCUGGGCUUGCCGUUCAUCAAGCCCAUGAUAAACGAGCUGGUCAGCACGGCAUUCACGGACAUUUUCAACGAGUCCUUCCGCUACUUUCCGCUCGAGAAGUUCCUCGCCACGUGACCUCGUC